UCUAAUACGAAAUACGAAUAUUGUCUCCUGAAUUUCUGGAGAUUACCUUGGUAUUAAAUUAUGACUCACAAAGGUAUAUCGCAUUCUACAGGGCAAAAUGCAUCUAAAGAGAUCUAACUUGCAAGUUGACGGCCAAGAAUAUGACCAAAUAUCAUUUCUGAUAGGCUUAUGUUUAGCCAUUUCAUCGAGCCUGUUUAUAGGGUCCAGCUUUAUUAUAAAAAAACUAGCUUUGAAGAAAAUUAAUAGCACGGGAAACAUACGAGCGUCUGCUGGUGGAUACGGCUACUUAAAACAGUGGCUAUGGUGGUUAGGCCUUGCAACAAUGGGGAUAGGGGAAGCAGCUAAUCUUUUCUCAUAUGCUUUUGCUCCUGCUGCUUUAGUUACGCCGCUGGGAGCUCUUAGUGUUUUAGUUGCUGCUGUUUUAUCUUCAAAGUUUCUAAAUGAAAAUCUUAACUUCAUAGGAAAGAUUGGAUGUUUCCUGUGCAUAAUAGGAUCAAUUAUUUUUGUGAUACAUUCUCCAAAGAGCGAAGAAGUGACUGAAUUUGUAGAUUUAACUACUAAGUUAACUGAUUAUUUAUUUGUAUCAUAUGUUUUAACUAUUUUAGGCAUGUCUUUUAUUUUAAAAGUCGUGUUCAUCCCAAGAUUUGGGAAUACAAAUAUUGUGGUAUACUUGUUGAUAUGUUCAGCGAUCGGAAGCUUAACAGUGGUAUUUUGUAAAGGAGUGGCUUUGGGUGUGAAGGAGACCAUAAAUGGUGGGAACAAUAAUUUGAAAAAUUAUAUAUUUUGGAUCCUUCUUGUCAUAUCGGUUGCAUGCAUCGCAAUACAGAUGAACUACCUAAACAAAUCCCUAGAUAUAUUCAACACGAGUGUGGUCACUCCUGUGUACUAUGUUAUGUUCACAGUGUUAGUCAUCAUGUCAUCAGGGAUUCUAUUUAGGGAAUGGGAGCACAUGUCAGCCAUGGAUAUUUUAGGUUGUGUUUGUGGUUUCCUUGUAUUAAUUGUAGCUGUAUUCACAUUGAAUGUUUUCAAAGAUGUAAAUGUUACACUGAGGGAUUUGACUUUACAUUCUAGAGUAGACACUGAGUCGAGGCACUCUGAAAAUUAUGCAAUGACUUCAAGAAGACAGUUAUAAAUCACAUAUUUUAUUACAAAAGUAUCAAUACAUUCUAUCAGUAUUUUUCCCUCCAGUUACAGUUUUGUUAUAAAAUUUCUAUAUCUAGUUGAAUCAAUUUUAUUAAUUUAACAAUAAUAAUUUAAAAGUCUGACUAAAGCUCUUACAACAUAGGAUUAUCUUGUUAAUAUUUUUAGUAUUAACUUUUACCUAAAUUAAGCACUAUUUAUUUUAAGUGUAAGAAAAUAGAACUAGGUUUUUUAUAAUAUGCAGAAUAUAGAGUGAUUAAAAUAGUAAUGAGAUAGUACCUCAUAAAAACGUUUUAUAAAAUUUACAUUGCAUGCAUAAUAAUUAUUAUUGUGUUAUAACAACAGCUAUUCAUAAAUA